GUGAUCUGCCGCAUACCAAAAACGAACGCGUCUUAUUGCACAUAAAGGAAUACUUUUUUUUUUUUGGAGCAGCCGCUUGGAAAACCAUAUCCAACCAUAUCCAACCAUACCAUACCCGUUUCGGAUUUCCUUUUUUCAACCAACAACGGCAACAACAACAACAAAAGUAUUGAAAAUAAUUACGAUCAGAAACCGCAUGAGCAGCAAUCAACUCACCGCAAUGUCGACGACUACACGAACACAGGCAAUGACUGAAGCAACAAAAACAAGAAAACAAAACAACACAACUUCACUAGUCGCGUUCGCACUUUGCUUACUACUCGCACCCACCGCAGGGAAUGCACAAGCACAAUCUCAUGCGGAAGUAACCGGCAAAGCCACGAUCUACAAACCGGCCGUUGUACGCACUGAGUUACGUUUCGGACGGAAUUUGGAUCCGGAGAAAGUGCGCGUGGUCAAUGUGAAAUCGAAUAAAGGUGAUAACGUAGAGCUUUUGGUGGGUAAGGACUCACGACGCGGUCGACUUGAUGAUGCGACAAAUAGUUUCUUUGUACGUGCCGCCGACGUACGCCAACCAACACCACGACCAGAAAAUCCAAAGCCCGCGUUCCUCAAUUUCCAACAUACACCAGCAUUGUUGAAACAAGCUGAACUAGCGCGGCAGGGUAAGGACUAUCAGCAACGUAAAGCCGACGCUGAGGCGCGUCAGGUUUUGAAAAUACAAAAUGCAUUGCGACAGCAAACAGCAGAAGGCACAACUCAAACUGCGGCUGGUGGCAGAGCACAAUAUGCGCGUGGCUUCCGUUUUGCACAAGAUGAGUUGCAAAACCAACACGAGGUGCCCAUCAGCUAUGCUGCCAAUAAAAAUACCAAAAACAACAGCUUUUCAUUUCCCGCCGAGCUGGAUGGCUUCCACAGUCAGCCCAUCGAUCGCUCGUGGCAGCCAUUCGAGACCCAAAAUACGCGCACACGCACACGUAAUCUACGGCAAGCACCCAUCCUAUACAACACGCCCGACACAUAUCCGCUCGGUAACGGCUUCAGCUUUCGUCCCAUUUUCAAUGCGGCUUUACGCACGGUAGCCGAAUAUUAUACAAGCGCAGCUGGUAAUGCAGCAGGCACUGGACGACGUUCCACUCCACCCAAAAAUAUCAUUACAAAAGAUGACUAUUUGGCCGCGAACAAGAGGAAGAUCACCCACAUACCUGCUGCGGUCGUUUUGACUUCGUCCACUGCCGUUAUGCCAGCGAAUAGUAAAAAUAAUGACUAUGCCAACAACAAUGCUGGCUAUAGCAAAUACACUAACAACAAUAAUGCAAACGGUUACAACGGUUACAAUACGAAUACAUACGUUAACAAUAAUAACUACAACACAGCCGCGUCUAAACCGCCAAAAGUGCCAAAACUGAGGGACACACCGCAAAACCAAUAUGCUGCGGCUUCAUCGCCAGCCUCGGCCAUCGUUGACGGUCCGGCGGUGACGGUAAUUGAGGGCGUACGUGUGCCGGAUGCGCCCGAGGACAAGGUACGGACAUGGCGCAAUGCGCGUGUGUUGAACAACAAGCUCGUACCAUACCCCGAGGGUUAUACGCCGCCGAAGGUGCAGAUGCAGCACUUUGAUAGAUGAAUGCGCCCGUGACAAUGACAUAAUAUAAUAUACAUAUAAAUACAAAAGAAGUGUACAUAUUUACACGCGAACUGCCAAAAA